UUGUCUUUUUUCUUCGCAAAAAUUCUGAACUUGUCGGCGGCAGGAGAUAAACCUGGCCUACAGCAGGCUAUAAUACCUUUAAUAUUCGAUUAUUUUUAUUCUUUGUACGGAGUUUGGCAUGUUCAAUAUAACACUAUUUUAUAGGGAUUUAGAUUUUAUAUUACACUGGAGUUAGGUGACUUCAAAUUGUAUCUUAAUAAUCGUGAACGAACAAGGUGGGAGAAGCCGUCAGUGAUAAGGGAUCAUGGCCGGUAGGUAUGGGCGGCAGGGAUACCAGUUGGCGACUGAUCACAACACCAUCGAGAUGAACCCGGUCCACGGUCCUAUGUCACCGACGAGGUCUGAUCCCGGUACAUUUGGAGAAGCUUUUAAAAGCGGUACAUGGAAAAAAAACAAGACAAACACGUGUAGCUCAAAUAAAACGCUACAAGGGUUUGACAGAAGAAGUCGACUUCAAAGUUAUGCAAACAACUUCUUUGGUGUCGGAGACGAUUGUCAAGAAGAUAGUAAACGAUGGGAGCGGCGGCGCUCCCGUCACUUGAGCCGCCGGCACGGAGGUUUAAAAAAGGACGUUGAAGAGAGAAUGGAAGAAGCUGAGAUGGAGUCUAUAAUGGGUCUGGUCCCUCAUGUUGUUGAUCCAUUUGCUUCUGGGAAGAAAGGCAAAGGCCCUGUGCGUUAUCAAGCUUUGAGAAAAUGGAACGAAGUGAAAAGUAAAGCCAAGCCCAGGGCAAAAGGAGACGAAAUUGAUGGAGCACGCCGAGCUUACCAGAGUUCACAGGCCCAUUCUGUUGCCACGACAACCGGCACAUCUAGUACGUACAAGAGAGCUUUAUCACGACAGUUAUCUCGGCAGAGGAGUAAACGACAGUCAGUAGCUAAAAUGGGAUGGGACGCACUUAAGUCAACUCUUGGACGCCCUCAACCAAAGACGAGUAGAUCUCAGGACACGCUGGUGCACCAACGUCCGCCCAUGAUUCAUAGUCGUAGCUUUGCACCAGCCAAUACUAUGAUGGACGAAAUAGAUGAUUCAGAUAUGGAUUUUUCUUUUUUUUCUCCAACAUUUAUGUCCCCAAUGUCCGAGGAUAGGUAUGAUGAUGUGUUCUUUGACUUUUCACCAAAGGCUGAACGAAGAAAUAUGCCCCUACCCUCGAGGCCCUCCCAAUCACCGAUUAAGCAGUCCAGCGAUGCCUCCAGCUUGCCCAAUCUCCCUGGCAUGGAAACGCUUUCCAACCAAGCUGGUAAGAUCAAAGAUGCAGUUAAGAAAGUUCAUAAGAGAGGAAAACAUAAAAUGAAAGAUUCUGCGUCAUCUGAACAAAUGGAUGAUGAACCACUGAUGGGCAACAUGACUGUACCUAGUCCUGGUGCGGGGGACAAAAUGGACAAAUCAAAAGCCGCUGCAUUUAGUCAAAUGAUACAAAAUACAGAGUGUCAAAAGACGCCUACAGGUAUAGGAUGGAGAAAAAAGAAGGAAGACCGUUUUGACCCACCGCUGUACAAAAGUCCACCCCCAGAAGUUGAAAUGGACCUUACAGAUUCUGCACGGCCGCAGAAAGACAUACCUGGAAGACGGAAUAAAAUUGCCGAGAAAGUAAUGGCAGCGGCGUUCAAUCAUUCGGAGCGACGUCAGAUCGGUAAAGGAUUAGUGGGCCGCAUUUUGAAUAGAAGCUAUCGUAAACAAAGGCUGGACAGUGAGGUCAAAGAGCAACUAGAAAGUAUUGAAGAUCAUAGGCCUUAUUUUACAUACUGGUUAACAACGGUCCAUGUUGUCAUAUUAAUAAUAUCGCUUGUCUUCUAUGGGUUUGCACCAAUAGGGUUUACAUAUACACAGAGAAGAGAUUUGGUUUUACAAGCAAAUUUAGUUGUAGAAACUGUUGGUUACAUGGAGCCAGACAAUUUUUGGAUUGGUCCGCGACCGGCUGAUCUUAUACAUCUUGGUGCCAAGUAUUCCCCAUGCAUGCAUCGAGAUGAACAAGUUUAUGUACUUUUAGCAGAUAUCCGAAAGGAAGAAAAUAAUACCGGUUGUUGCAUCCGUACAGACAAUGCAGGAUGCGUACAAACGAAUAUUGAGGAAUGUUCAACAAGUUUUGCAACUUUUGCAAAAUGGUCAAUAAAGCGAGAUAGUCCAAGCAAUAGAAGAACCUCAGGUCCAGUCUGUGGUCAAGAUUAUAGGACAUGCAAAGUCCCAGCUUCUGUAAAACCCAAUGAGUGGCCUGAUGACAUCACAAAGUGGCCGAUUUGUAAAGAGGGGUUUGAAGACUCAGAGCUUCCUCACACAACAUGUGACUUAACAGGCCGACCAUGCUGCAUAGGUAUUGAUGGAACGUGUAAAAUAGUGAGCCAACAGUACUGUGACUUUGUGAAAGGCUAUUUCCACCCAGAGGCGGCACUAUGUUCACAGGUGGAUUGUCUAAAUGAUGUUUGUGGGUUAAUUCCAUUUGGCAAUAAAGAAAAACCUGAUCAAAUUUAUCGUCUUUGGCUGUCGCUGUUUCUUCAUGCUGGUAUCUUCCAUUGUAUAUUGAGUAUAAUAAUGCAGAUGACGAUUCUUCGAGAUCUUGAAAAGUUAGCGGGUUGCCUUCGCAUUGCUAUCAUAUACCUUGUCAGUGGGAUUGGCGGUAACUUAAUGAGUGCCAUCUUUAUACCAUACAGAGCAGAGGUUGGUCCAGCGGGCGCACAGUUCGGUCUGUUAGCAUGUCUGGUUGUCGAGGUUCUCCAAAACUUCCAAAUACUACGGAAUCCAGGUUCAGCUCUUGGCAAGCUGUUAUUAAUAAUUUCGGCGCUUUUUGUCUUAGGUCUUCUACCGUGGAUCGAUAACUACGCGCAUUUGGGCGGCUUCAUCUGCGGCACUUUACUGUCUUUCAUCUUUCUACCGUACGUCUAUUUUGGAGAAUUUGAUCGAAAUCGGAAGCGGAUACAAAUAGUGAUCUCAACAAUUCUCUUACUGUUGUAUUUUAUAUUAAUGUUUAUAAUCUACUACCUCAAACCACUGCGAGACUGUAAGUGGUGUUCCUACUUUAACUGUGUCCCGCUAACUGAGGACUUCUGUAGCGACAUGGACGUCAAACUUACUGAUGAAUUACAUCCAACAAGAUAACCUUUGGAAAAAUACAUACAGAAAAAUUAUUAUAUGGAAUGAUUUGAAUUUGUCAAACACCUGAUACUGGGCAUGAGUAAAAUAGACUGAACACAUGUGUUUUAGGUAUAAUGCAAAUGUAAGAUGAACUUACAGGUAGUAGUACUGGCAAAACAUUGGUGUCAAUUGAUCAUUUUAUGCAAAUAAUCAGGUUAAAGGUCAAUGGUAUCUAUAAAGACCAUUUUAGAAUACACGUAUAUUUUAUAUACAAAAUGACUUUACUAAUUAAGAUUACAUCCAUCUUUGAGGACAUGCUUGACUGAUAACAUUCUUUAUACUUUUUGCAUUACUUUGUUGUUUUUGAAAAUUCACAGGAUUACACAAUUUACUGUGUUUGUACAGUAUACAUAUAGUUGAAUAUAUUAUAUAUAAGAAUAUAGAAAAUAUUGGAUUUUAAAGUUCAUUUUUUCAACGAGAUGAUAAUUAGUCAAGCAUGAUUUUUUACUCUGAUGUGGAAUCAUCUACAACUCUGACCAGACUAUCAAAUUUCCUUCGAAAACAAAACUGUUGUAUGCCCAUUAUAUAGUCAUGAUGUGCCUUUAUAUGGUCAUCAUGUGAUGUCAUCAGGAACAUGUUUAGGCAAAGGUAAAAAUAGAUGAGCUGUACUAGUCUGAUAUAUUAGUAACUAAAACACUAAACAUGAAGUACUUAAUGAAGUCUUAAUUGCAAUACACUAUAUUUGGGCAUGUUACAUAACAACAAAUGAAGUUUGAUUGUCUGAACAGGACUUAAUGCAUAUCGAUCAACCACUAGGAAUCAUUGAAAUGCCGCUAAGACUUCUGGGAAAUAUCUUUACAAAUGUAAAAUGUGAUUAUAUAUGUAUAUUACACAUGAUUACUUUUAAACUUUUUGUACUUAACAAUCUUUUUUUUUAUCUUUUUUUAAUUUUUUUUUUUUAUUAAACUAGAAUAGGUUUGCCAAUAUCAAGCAAUAACUUACUGUUUACUUGUGUGAACUUUUUAGUUGUAAAAAUAUUCUAUAGAUUACAAUGAACAUAAAUAAUGAUACUGUAAUCAAAAAAUUCCAUGUAUGAUCUAGAAAUGUAUGAAUGAGUUAAACAUUUUUUGGUGCUUUAAUUAAUUUAAUUCCUGUAUGUUAUUUUACUAUUUUUAAAAUUAUAAUAUGAUUUAUUUUGCCAGAAAUUAUCUAAAUAUUAAUAUUUGUUAUUAAAACAUUUGCAAUUUUUUUUCCUGCCUUAAAAUUAUUUUUAUAACUUGUAACAGUUUAGAAUGAAAGAAUUACAUUUUUGGAUCAUACAACAAAUAUAUAGAACUACAUACAGUAAGUUCCAAAUUUUAAGAAUUCUUAUAUAGUUGAACCAAUAUUUUGUAUUCCUGUUUUAAUCCAAACCGAAUGGAUCAAAUUCACUAAAUACGAUUCAGGAUUCUUACAUGCGGAUUAACUACCUAAUAUUUAUUGCUGGACUACUUAAUUAACACUCACAACUAAAGUUUUAGUUGUAACAUUAAUUUUUAUUUUUAAUAGUUUAGAUCUUUUUAAAAAAUUAAUGUUUACAUUAUGCCUCAUUAAUUGAACAAGUGUAUGUGUUACUAGACAGGUGGUGGUUGUCUGGUAAAGCCUCCAGUUGGACAGGCCAAGCCCCUUUCAUUUUAGGCCACAACUUGGACCAAAAGAAAUGUUGUGUUUUGGGGGUGGGAGGUAAAUUUAAAAACAAAAGCAUCACAGAACAGCCUAAAAUGACCAAAAAUUGGUAGUUGUAGACAGCAGGGGACUAAGCCCUGGACCCCCAGGGCUUCAUUAAUGGACCCUGCCAGAUUGGACAAAUCCUGGAAUAGUCACUGGCUGAAAGUGGUAGAUAUAUAAGUCAGUGCUUGGUAUGACUUUAUUAAAAACCUCCGUUCAUAAUAGCCGUCUCUGCAAGGUUGAGUACUUGUUUGCUUGCUUGAGUAAUUGAUUGAUUGAUUAAAUAAUUGAUUGACAUGUAGCAGCGUUCAUCCACUGUUUUAUGGAAAACAGGUAUGGGAAACAGAUAUUAAAUAAUUUUUACUUUAUACAGGAAUGCAAUAUAAAUAUUGAAUCAGCAUUUUUUAUGAGUGUGAUGGUUAUUUAUUGUGCAAUAUUCUUAUUUGAUUUAGUAUGCUAUAAUUUAUUGAUUAUUGAAAUUCUUUAUAUAUUUAAUCAUGGAAUAUUUUUAACUGACAGUAAAAACCCUAAUAACAUCCAUAGUUCAAUCAUCAUUAUUAUCGGACAAAGUUUUUAUUAAAAUUAUGUGCUUCAUAGACAAAAUUAAUCUUAGCAAAUUUUGAUUGGUACCUUGAUUUCUUUCCCACAAUGCUCUGUGGUAAACCUUAUUUGCAUAGUGGAAGCAUGUGGCAUUAUAGUGCUAUGACUUUAGCCUUCCAGUAUGGGUUCGAGUCUGAGGAUUGUGACUUUUUUCAGACGUGGUAUUUUAUCCCAUUUAUAUCUGUCCACCCAGGAUUAUAAGUAGAAACCUGGUAGAGUCAAUUGCCAAUGACUAAAUUAAUAGGGGCAUAAUAGUGGAGUACAAGCGAGAGCUAAGCAUGUGUUCGCCAGGUUGUUCCCUAGGAGUUUGACCUGCUUUUGACCGUUUCACCCCCAAACACCUUGUGAAUUGAUCAUGUCUAUUUUUAAUCAGUAAUUUACAGUGGCAUAACGAAGAGUUAUGGGGCCUGGGGAGAGGGGGUGAGAAAAUGUUGUGGGCCCCAUGUCAUAUUUUCACUUUCGAAGUGUCCGAGGUGUGGAUAAUAUCCCAACUAAAAGUAUGACUGAAAUAUGCCCUUUGAGUGUUUAACCAUAAUUCAACUUUUUUUCCCACAAAAAUUACAAAUUGUGCAUAUAUCAUUCAUUGUUGAUGUUUUUGGUAAUUGGUCAUCAAUCGUUUUAUUUUUUUUUUAAUUAUAAGGUACUAUUCAAACAGUAAACACUAGACCAACACUGAAUUCAGACUAUUCGGGGUCCCUUUCGACUGAGGGCCCAGGGCUUCGCUCCCCGAGAGCUCACAGGCUUUUCGCCACUGGUAAUUCAUUCAUGAAUUUAUUCUGGCAGUUGUGUGUAUUAUUUAUGACUUGAUUGUACAGUGUUUAUUUUAGUAGCAUCUAAUAUGUACAGUAUAUUGUUAUGUUUAUAAGUUUAUGGUUUGUUACGUUUUUAUUUGUAAUUGAAGAAUGCAUUUCUGGUACUAGUGCUGCAUAUUUUUAUGGUUUGUAAAUCGUUUGCACCAUCUUGUAAAGCUGAUUUUUGUUUUAAAGGCAUUGACUGAUAUACAGUAUUAUCUGGAUGCUAAUCAAAUGUUUUCCUUUUCUAAAUUUAAUUUACAUCCGACAGUGGGUGUUUUUUUCACUUGCAGGUUUGGAAACGAAAUUAUAAUCAUCAUUUUGCUGCUAAAUUCAUGAAAAUUGUAUUCCCUUCAUAACAUUUGGCACCGGAAAUACAUGUUGUGGUUCCAUUUCCUUUAAUAAAUGCACUUCAGCAUAUUUGGUCAAUGGCAUUCCUUUUUAGCAUGAAGAAUAAUAUUUGAUUAUUAAAAUACUGGCAUUUUCCUUGAGGUUGAACAAAGUGAAAUAGCCCCAAACAUGAAUAACAACUAAUGAACACACGUUGAACUUGCUAAAGUCGAAUCUAAAAUGGCAUUGACAAAUGUUUUGACUUGGAUAAACUUUGAUUUACAGAUCGUUAAUGUAAAACAACAAUUUGGCAUGUAAAAUAAGAUCGACUUAGAAAUUAUUUGAGUUGGGCAAAUUCGACUUAGGCAAGUUCAACUGUAUAUAUUAUUUGGAUUAUUAUAGUUAGAAUUAAAGCUAAUUUAUUCAACCACUUAAAAAGGAAAGACUUAUUGUUAGUAAACUUCCAUCAUAUCAUGAUACCGAAAAAUAUAAGAGUAUCAUUAUCCCAGUUUUAUUCUGUUUAUAGUUUUCUAAUGGUUGUAUAACUUGUUUUACUUUAAAAUUUAGAAAAAGGAAAUGUUACCUAACACGAAAAUGAAAGAAUGAAGAAGUUGUAGGUAAUGAAACAUUGGUUUGGAGUGUAAAAUAAGGUCUUCUACCAAAGCCAAUACAGAUACAGAAUGCAUGUUCAGGGAAAACUGAAUUUGAGGUGAUACUGAGAAUAAAAUUCUCAUGCGUCAUAA